UCGCUGAAUUUCAGCAUCACCAAAUGGCUAUUCUUGCAGAACAACAUGAAAAUAUAGAUAAUAUCCAUGAAGCCGACCAUUACAAUGAGGCUGAACAUCGCAGCAGAUAGUUCUCCUAGUUCUCCUGAUUCUUCUCAACCACUGCCCUUAAACACGAUCCAGCCACGUUAAACAGCGGGACAGCGGUUGAACGCCACCUAUAAUUGGAAACCUUCACUCUUGAUUUGGAAUCAAAAUCCAGUAUGGCGCCAGAAUAUUCAAGUUCGCAGCGCCUAAUACAAAGCACUCAGGGGUUUUCGGAUCAACCCAACAAUAAUCUUCGCCCAGCGGUCCAAAAUUUUUCAGAAGAGAGAGAACAACAACGUAAUAAUAUUUUACAUUUUGAAUAUAAUCCCGGUCGUCCGCUUGGUCAACCUCCACAACGUGAUUCUGCCUUAGCCUACAAUAAUCUUCAACCUAAUAGUGCUCCAUAUGCUUAUCUGAAUGGCCAUGAUAAUAUACCACAAAAUUUCCAACAGGACCGCGAUCGUUAUGAAGUUCAUAACUCUCUAAUAAGACACGAACAUACUCCUUUAGGCUUUGGAAAUCCAAGAAUCUAA